ACACUCGUUUGUUUAUUGCGAAGACGGGAGGACGUUGUCGUCGUGGCACUCGUACAGUCCGCAGAGUGAGAGAGCGAAACGCAAACGCGAAAAAAAGUCAGCAGCCGCAGCAGAAUAGUAGUGUUAUUUUGUUAACUUUUUUUUUUUGGUUUUUUAAAAUACCAAAACCGCGUCACCCUUGGCUGUCACGUGUCUGUGUGUGUGUGUGUGUGGAAACCCACAUAGAAUUGUUACACCUUGAAGUGAAUAAAUAUAAAGAUUGCAAACUAACAACAAAUGGUUGAGCGGAUCAUCCAGAAAAUUGGUUAUAGUAUUUUUUUUUUUGUAACCAAUCUGAAGUAAAAUCAUUGAAAAAUCAUGCAACAAAAGCAACAACAGCAGCAGCAGCAGCAGAAGUCACAGUGUGUUUUGUGUAAGAGUGGGCGGUGAUAAAUAAUAUAUAGUAAAUGUAAAUAGACGUUGUGUAUGUCCCGAAAUUUGUGUGCAUUUGUGUGUGGAGAUUGCAAAUUGAAUGAAAAAUGCAACAAAAAUUACAACAACCAAAAAGCAACAACAAUUACAACGGCAAAAACACCACAAACAACAUAAAAUACCAACAACAACAAAAACUGCCAAAAGUGCGCGCUCGAAAGAAACAGCACGACACACACACACUCGCAGCGAGAGAGAGAGAGAGAGAGAUUGAGAGAGAAAACACCAAAGAAACAUCACGUUUCAGACGUUUACUUGCUUGUGUGCGUGUCCAGUGUGGCCAUAUCUGUGUCAACUGUGUGCGCUAAAGACAGAGAGAGAGAGUGAGGGAGAGCGCGCAUACCGGCCACUAAAAGUGUGGCCGCCCCUCUUUCCCACGUAUGCCAGGUGCCCAUAUGUGUGUGUGUUGUGUUUGUGUGUGUGUGUGAGUGUUUCUCUAACAAAACGUCAUCAACUGAGUUUGAGUGUGGCAGAGAGAGAGUGCUGUGCAUUAACUGUUUUUUUUAAGUGUGUUUUAACAGAAUUAUCUUUUCUGAUUCUUCCUUUAGCCACUGGGGGGAAAUAAACAAAUAAAACGAGUAAAAUCCCUUACAAACAAAACCAAACAACGGGAGUGUGUGAGAAAGAGAGCAACGAGCAACGCUGCCACAAGGGGAGAAAGAGAAAAAAGAGAUAACAACAGAGAGCGUGCAACAUCCGCGUCAUGUCGGACGAGGAUGUGCAGAUCACCAGCGUCGUGGACGCCAACGGCCAAUCACUGCCGCUGCAAGGCAACAGCCUGGGCGGCACCCCUGGCACCGUCAAGCAGGAGCGUCCUGACGAUGCCGAGAUCCGGGAGCUGGCCGCCAAAAUUAAGGAGCAACAGAAGCACCAGACCGCUCAGCUGGCCAGCCGCCAGGCCAUGCAGCACUCCAAUGGCGCUGGCUCUGGCGGCGGGGCCAUGCAGCCGCCCAUCACCAACGGCAAUGGACAGACAAACAUCAUGAGCUACUUGUCACGACACCAGAAGCUGCCCAACGGUACCAUGCAGGUGGUGCCCGCCCUGGCCCCCAACGGACAGCGGGCCAACGGAUCGGUGCUGAUACAGAAUCAGGCCGCUGGCGCAGGCGGCGGAGAGGCCGCUGAGAAGAAGUCAUCCUCGGGCGGGCCGUGCGACGAGGAGUCGAUCAUGGGUCGCUUCGGGUGGGCCCAGUUCGGCAAGGUCUCUAUCCCGUACAUCUACCGGCAGACGGAGAAGUACUGCUCGGUGCGGAUGAUCGAGCUGAAGCUCCUCGGCAAGUACCUCAACUGUUUGCACCCAGACAUCUACUCGAGCUGCACGUGCGUGCGCAGCUACUAUAUCACAGACUCGGAGGCGCGCCUCUUCAUCGAGGUGAACCACAAGCACUGCGACGGCGAGUUCGGCCGCGACAUAUUCACGCAAAAGGAUCUGGUUGUGCGGCUUGGCGACGCCUCCAAGUUCUUCCAGUUCCUGGACAUCUGCUACCGAAAGCUGGUGACCGGCAGCAAGACGCCCUCGGAGAAGUGUGGCUUCAUCCGGAUCAACAAGGAGUCCGUCGUCCCGUACACGGUGCGCAACAACCAGCAGGUGGUGCCACUCUUUUACUUCGAGGGCGAGACGGAGAACCUCAAGACCAAGGCGGAGCUGCUCAACGGCUGGGACCUGGCCUACCUCAAAUUCUGCUGCAAGGUCCAGGGCAUACGCAACGAGCUCUUCUCCAGCGAGAACGUCGCCGUCAUCUCGCUGACGGACAUCAAGAGCUACUUCCCCAACGGCACGGAGUUCGAGGACUACUGGCCAAGCAAGGUGGUCGACUCCAACCUGCUCAUUGGCAAUCGGGCCAACGUCAACAACUCCGUUAACUGGACCCGCCAGCCCUCCGCCCCGCCCCCAAAGAUCACGACCACUGUGAACACAAACUCCUCAAGCAACGCUGGCACCGCCAUCAGCAACAACAACAACAACAGCGGCGCCAGUGGUGCUGGCGGAGGGGUGGUGGGGUAGGCCGGUAAAAAGUCCCAGCAGCACAGCUCGGGCGUGACGACAGCUGCCGCACAGCAACUGAUAAAGCAGCGCGCGGCGGCUGCGGCCAACGCCAACGGAGUCUCAAAUGCCAGUGGCUUCGGCGCCUCGCAGGCAGCGGCGGCAGCAGCGGCCUUCAAUACCCAGGCUGUCGCGGCGGCAGCGUCGGCAGCGAUGAUGCAGCAGACAGCGGGCAACAACCGCAUGCUCUCGCAGGCGACGGUGCAGGCGCUGGCCAGCAGCGGCUGGAUGUCGGGGCAGAGCAACCUGCAGCUGCACGCCCAAAUGAUGGCGCAACAGUCGCAUGCGGCGAACGCGAACCGCGUGGGAAGCUACCGCGAGCAUAUGAAUAACCUGAUGAUGAGUAAUAGCAGCCGUCAGCCGUACUCCUACAACAAUCCUGCGAUCUCCAUGUCCUCGGUGAACAGUCACAACGCCAGCGGCGGCGGCAAUGCCCCACCACCAUUGGUUCGUUCCGCUGCCGGCCAGAAUGCCAAUCACAUGUCAAAUGUCGAGCAAUCACUGGUGCAACAACAGCAACAACAACAGCAACAGCAACAACAACAACAACAACAACAACAACAACAACAACAACAACAACAACAGCAAAAGACUCAACAACAACAACAACGACACCAACCACACCAACCACACCAAAACAGCACAUUCAACAACAACCACGUACAACAACAACACACUCCACACCACAGCCAAAACCAAAACCAAAACCAACAAUCACACCAACAGAACAACCAGAACAAGAAUCCCCACAACACCCAUAACACCAACCACAAUAAUAGUACAUACAAUCAUUCCGGCCACGCUCUUGCCAAAAGCCUCAGCAACCACAGCGGCGGCGGGAUAAAGAAAAGUACCUCCUCCUCCUCCUGCGCCUCCACCAAUGUCAACGCCAACGCCAACGCAUCCCAAUCUGCCGCUGCCAUGGCAGCCGCGGCCGGCUAUGUUCAGGCCCUGUUCGGCGGAGUUGCCACCGGUGGAGGCAACACGGGCAACUCCUUCAACUACAACCUGCCUUCGACUAGGGCGGACUACACGAACCUGGCCCUGUGGAAUCAGCUGACGCCCGCCCAGCGCCUGCUAUUCAGCCAGCAGCUGAAGGGUUGCUCCAGUGGUGGUGGUGGAGGUGGCGGUGCUGCAGCCAGUGCAGCCAGUGGUGGCUCUCAUCCAGUAAUCGCAGGUGUUGGAGCGGGCAGUUCAGCCCUGGGGCAGAAGAGCUUUCCGGCGCUGCCUUCCCUGCCGCUGGACACGGACUUGAUAACGAUGCUGGACUACAACAAUCCCAACAAAUCUUCCUCCGUCACGGCCAGCAAGAGCUCCAAGUCUGGUGGUGGAGUGACCUUUACGAAACCCAAUGUCCCGCCACUGAUACCAGAUGGAGGCGGCGGCGGAGUUGGAGUGGGAGCUGAGCAGAUGAGCUCCGGCAAGAGUCGCAGAGGAGUAGGAGGAGGAGGAGGCGAUGGCUCCGGAGGGGCCACCACAAUAUCACUGAACUCCACCCAGGCGCUCGAGGACUUCGAGAAGAAGCUGAAGAUGACGGACGAGAUGCGGGCUGUCAUCCAAAAGGUCCUGGCCAAUCCCGAUCUCUCCACCUUCAUCCAGACGAAUGCAGCGGCAGCCUCCAACCAUGGGCAGGGGCACCUGGUCCCCUCCUAUAUUUCGCCGCCCAUGUCCCCAUCGGUGGGCGUGGGUAUGGGCGGCAUGGGAGGGUCCCUGGGCAUUGGCGGUGUAACCACCUUGUCCCUGGCCUCCAAUCCGAAUGUGACCAUCACGCCACAGCUGCCGGGGCACUUCCUGCACUCGCCCUCCAGCUCCUGUUCGAGCUCGAGUGCCUCUACUACGGCCGCCUCGCCGCUCGGCAAUGGUCAGGGCCAGGCUCCGGGUGGUGUGGCCGGAGGUGCCGCCACACUGGGAAAGGGGGGAGUGGGGCGACAGAAGAGCGUCAUCUGCUCGACCAAAUCCAACAAUCUUCCCAUGGCCAUCCUCUCCCUAGCCUCCGCCGCAUCCUCGCCCCAAGGCAGUGCGGGCGGUCGUCGCGGGGGGUCCGUCAAUUACGGGCGUCAGACACACAGCCAUAGCCAUAGCCAUAGCCAUAGCCACCACCAUCAUCAUCCCCACACACAUGCGCAACUGUUUAGUGGUAGCAGUAGUAGUAGUAGUAGUAGUAGCCACUAUCAGCAGGACGGAAAGAAUCUUGGUGCCGGAUCCGGUUCGGGCACUCCCAGAACCACACCCACUGACGUUAUCGAUUUGUCCUCUUCCCGAAGGUCUCUGGCAGCGUCAGCGGCCUACCUGCAGCAACACCAGCAGGUGGCUGUGGCGCAGCAGCGCAUGGCGGCGGUGGCCGCCCAUCAUGCCCAGCAGAACGGACGCAGCUCAUCGAAUGCCGGCGGUGGCGGCGGCAGCACUGGCAGCACCGGAGGCAGCAGCAGCGGCAGUAACUCCUCCUCCUCGGGGUCGGCGUCGGCGAACAGCGCAUCCCUGCACCUGCAACGCCACGCGGCGCUGGCCCAUGCGGCGGCUGCUGCCGGUGCGGAUGGUGCCCAGCGGCUGUGCGUGAUUCCGGAGAUACCCACAAACAACAUGAACCUGCAUCCGUACAAGAUACAGAAGGUGUGCGUCGACAAGCACCUGGUGCCCUGCAUCAACAUGAAGGCCUACAACGACUCCGAGCAGCUGAUGACCCUCAUCGAGUUCCAGAAGAACUUCUUCCCUUCGGUGCAGCUCGAUCACUGCAAACGUCUGAUCGAGGCCCUUGGCGUGGAGCUCUAUAAGGCGAACCGUCGACAAGUGCAGAUCCUGAUGGAGUACGAUCGGAAUUACACUGAGAUUAUGCCGCUCGUUCAGGUGCGCGACAUCAUCAAGUACAUGACGCAACUGACCUUCAUGACACGCCAGUCAGAGCAGCCGCCAGCUAAGCGGACGCGAACGAGCUAGGAUUUAAGCUGGGGAGCACAACAUUUUCCACCAACAACAAUCACAACAAGUACCACAACCACAGCAGCCACAACAGCCACCACAAGCACAAGAGCAUCAUUAUCAAUUACAGCGGCAGAAGCAGUAGCAGCAGCAGCAGCACCACCACCACCACCAGCAGGAGCAGCAGCAGCAGUGGCAGCGGCACCACUGAGAAGAAGAGCCAUAACACCGCCACACAUCCUGGGCAGUGAUGUGCUGCCAGCCAAGCGAAAGUCGAGUGCAGCUCUAGCACCGCCUCCCGCACCAGCAGCAGCAGAAACACCAUAACCACCAGCCAGCACAUCUGCAGCAGGCACACCAACACUUUCAGCCACAGCAGCAGCGAACACUAACAGCAACACAUACGAAAUGUUGUACUCCCACAACCAACACCCGCACCACCACCAACAGCAGCAGCAGCAGCAUCAUCAACAACAACAGCAGCAACAUGCUGAGCAGCAGCGGCUGCUCAAGAAGCGGCAACAUGCCGAGCAAAGCACCGCAAGGAGCAGCACUACCACCACCACCACCACCACCAGCAGCAGCAGCAGGAGCAACACUAGCACCACCCCCACUGCCAGCAGCAGCAGCAGCAACAACAGAAGUAGCAGCAGCACUACAGCCACCAGCACCGGUAGCAAAACUGCCGCUCAGAAGAUGGCAGAGGCGGAGCACGCCUACCUGUCCAACCUGUACGGAAAGGCGGCAGCCAAUAUGCUGAGUCCUCCGCUGAGCAGCGCCCUGCCCGAGUGGAGUCUGGUGCAGCAGAAACAGCAGUUGCAACAACAGCAGCAGCAGCAGCAGCGUCAGAGAAGAGCUGCCCAACUGCAGCAGCAACAUGUGACAGCGGCAGCACCACCUCCAGCAGCACGCGCACCGCCGCCACCACAGCAGCGGCACGUCAUGCUCCGCCGGCACAGCGUGUGCGCGGCAGGAUUAGCCAGGCUGUCGCCCGCCACCAGCCACUCUUCCUCGGCUGCGGCCUCGCCCACAUCGGCAGCAGCCGCUGCCCUUGCCGCAGCCUCCUACUACGGGAAUGCAGCGGCCGCGGCGGCGGCAGCGUUCACCGCACCAUAUCAGCACCACCAUCACCAUCAUGCGGCUGCGGCGGCAGCCGCCCACCAUCAUGCUGCGGCAGCAGCGGCUGCUGCAGCGGCUGCGGCGGCGGCCCAUCAUUCGCACGGCCAGCCAUCGCCGACGAUAUAUCCGCCGACGCCACCGCCAUCAGCGCCGUGGGUGCAUCCUUGGUACGCGGGUGAUGCUCCCUUCUGAGAGCGGGGCCCAAGGCGCCUGAAUCAGCAAGAGCAUCAGCAGGAGCAGCAGCAGCAGCAGCAGCAGAGAUAGAAGCCCAACAAAUAUCCAAUUGUACAUUAGUUUUAGGGAUAAGCUAUUUAUUAAUUAAUCUUAAAUACGAUCCACAUUUUUUUUUGGAGUAGUUCUUAAGUAGGUUAACUAAAACAAUUUCUGGGCAUUAUAUGCCACUAACAAUAAUCGACAGACGCAGACAGCUGAGGUUUAGGAAGAGAUUUAAAAACAGAUAUAGAUAACCGAUACCAGAUGCAAGAUGCAAUAUACAAGAUGCAAAUACGAUACAAGAUACAAUAUCCAUACGGAGAGGUUACUGCUUACGGAACAGAGUGGACGGACAGAUCGAUGACUAUAUAUGCUUGGAUUUCGUAUAGACAUUUGCAGUAGAACACUUUCAAAUGAGAACUCAAAGAACUGAUUACAAUUUAUUAUCAAAACAAAACCCACACUCAAACAACACACAAAAAUGCUAACCACAAAGGAACACAACAGAAGCAGAACUGUCGAUUUGGCUCGUUCGCUCUCGACUGCGCAUUAGAUAUUGAAAUGAAUGUCUUUUUCUAGCAAUAUUUACAUGCAUAUACAGAUGGUAUAUGCUAUACAUUUGUAAUAUAUACAUAUAUCGUCAUAUAUACCUACAUAUAUACAUGCAUACAAAUAAGUUUUAAGCCAAUCAACAACUCGUAAAUUGUAAGCAAGAAAUUUAAUUUCUUGCAUUUCAAACUGCAACUAAAUCUUAAAUCUAAAACUACCACUAAACUUACAACUAAAACCAAAACUACGACAACAACUAGAUCUAGAUCAACUAUUCGAAGUGAGUCAAGAAAUAGUAAUAAGUGGAAGAGAAAUUGAGAGAUUCCACUUGCUACAACGAGUAUAUCCAUGCUAACAUGCUAACGAUCCUACCAUCAUCAUUAUCAUCCUUAUCCUCAUCGACAUCUUUCUGAUCGAACGAUCAGAGCAGCAUAAGUAUAAGUCUAAGCAAUUGUCUAAUUGAAAAAUUUCCAAAUCUUACCAAGUACAUAAAGCUACAACUAAAAAACUGGAGAAGAAAAACGAAGAACAAAAAUCAAGAAAAAUAUGUUAAAAACAUACAAAAAAGAGAUCGAUCAUAGUGUCUAAGAACAAAAUACCAACAAGAAGAUUAAGUUAUAUACAGACUGUAUAUGUAUGUACAUAUGUGUAUGAAAUAUUUGAAUAUCCGUUUUAUGGAUUUAAUCAACUCUUUUUUUUUUUUUUUAGGUUAAUUAAUAUUACUAUGAUAAUAAUUUGAUUGGCAAAUCAGACAUAUUUAUUUUAUUUGAUUUCUUCACAUCCUCCCCAAACAUGAAUUUGUGCUGUUAUUAAAAUAUCUGGGCGAUUUGUUUGAAUGAAUGGUAUUUUUGUAUAUUAAGCAUGCACCCGCAGACAUACUCAAAGAACGCUAGAGCGUGGGCAUUGAGCAAGGACUAUGUAAGGUCUAUGACUAUGUAUAUACAUAUAUUAUGUUAA